AUGUGGAGGAUGGAUACUGUUAGAGCUCUCUUUAAUCCAAUGGUAGCUGAUGAGAUCCUCAAGAUUAGAGUGCCUUUUGAGCCCUAUAAAGAUAAAUGGAUAUGGAUAGAGGAAGCCAAUGGCUGUUUUAAGGUAAAGAGUGCUUAUAGGCUAUUCCAGGCAAUUAACUCGAGGGAAGUGGUAGAAACUUCCAAUCGGGUCCAGGAAAACUACAUGUGGAAGAGCUUAUGGAAAAUGCAUGUGCCUCAAAAGAUCAAGAACUUUGCAUGGCGUGCUUGCAAAAAUAUUCUCCCUACCCUCACAAACUUGAGACACCGAAACAUGAUAGUGGAAGAGGGUUGCAGUUUCUGUUUACGGCUCCAACAACAGCAAAGUUUCAAGGAAAAUGUGAAGAUAGUACUGGACAAUGGUACUGAAGCUGACCUUGCUUUAUUCUUUGUAUUAUGCUGGGGUAUGUGGUAUAGAAGGAACAAACAUAAGAUGGAAGGGGAGAGGGUAACACCUAAUGCAGCAGCUAACAUGGCCAUGUCCCUGCACAAGUCUUUCACUGAACUUAAAAAUCUAAAUGCAACUGUUGCGAGGAAAUCAUAUAGGUGGAAACAUCCACCACCCGAGUUCCUAAAACUAAAUGUUGAUGGGGCAACUUUCAUAGAGUAUAGGAAGGUCGGCAUUGGCUUGAUCCUGCGUGACAGCACUGGCACGGUUGUGAUGGCAGCAACAAUUUCAGAAACGGAAGUGAAUGACCCAUCCACCAUUGAGCUGUUAGCCAUACUGAGGGGUAUGCAAAUGUGUAUCCCUCUGGGCAUCCCGAAACUAAUGGUAGAAUCUGAUUGCUUAAUGCUUGUUAAUGAAUUACAGUCCUCACAGGCACCAUCAUCGGUAAACAGCAACUUAGUUAUGGAAGUAAAAAAUCUGAUGAGUUGUUUUCAUGAAGUACUUUUUGAGCAUGUAAACCGAACGUGUAAUGGAGUGGCUCAUGUUUUAGCCAGGUAUGCUUGGAACGUGUGUGAUGUUCAGAUGUGGUGGGGUUCGGCCCCAGCUUUUGCUGGUCAAGCCUUAUGGUUUGAUCAUGCUGAUUUGUAA